AUGGAUCAAUUGGAACAAGUACAAGCCCAAUCCAACGCACUGAUCUACAAAUACGCACUUUCGCAACCAAUCAAGGAGGAUUGUUUGCAACUGAUCAAACAGUUCGACCCGUCGCCGAGUGGCGGGGUCGAUUCUGCGAGGCUCAAGGCUCUGGGAAAUCGGCUAUUGGAUCUGUAUGAUCACUCGAGAGCAAACAAAGACGGAUAUCUAACCGCCGACGAAAAGAUGAGCUGGAUCUUGUCUAACAACGGCGAGUUUGUGUACCCAUACGACGACAAAGUCGGCCUUUUCUUGGGAAAAGGCGAUACUAGACCAAUUGACUGGUCUUUGGAAGGAAGUUCCCAUCUGUACCAGGAGUCUCUGGCCAAUUGCUCUUUUGUUUCGUCCAUGAUCACAAUUCUGGCACGGGGACUGGAUCUGCGCACGCUAUUACACCCAAACGAGAACUACACUCGUUUUGGGGUAGUGAUAACUUUCAACGGCUCCAAAAGAGUGGUGGUGGUAAACUCCGAGCUUCCGAGCGAUUCGUCCCGAUAUAUCAAGAGUUCUGCCAACGCAGACCUGCUGUGGCCUGCAAUGCUGGAAAAGGCAUACUUGAAGAUCCACCAUGCCACUCAUUUGACGGAACUGACCGGUUCCAAUCUCGCUAACGACACUUUUAUGUUAACCGGCUAUUUACCGGAAUAUGUAAUGAUCCAGGACUUGACAACAACUCAAUUGCGCACCAUUGUUCAAGCAUACAAGUCAGAUCAGUUACUUUUGGGUAUUGGAACCGGAAACCUGUCACCGGAGGAAUGCAAGCAGUAUAAACUUGCUCCGAGCCAUGAUUAUGCGGUUCUGGACGUUUUUGAGAACGGAAAGGCCCAGUUCGGGUACUCGUUCCGGCUGAAAAACUCGUGGCUAUCGGACGAUCGAGAGGUCAUUGUCAAUGACUUGUAUCCGUUUGGGACGCUGUAUCUGAACUGGAACGUUGACAAAUUUAAACACUUGGUCACCAAACAUUUCACCGCAAGACCCGAUUCAGCUGGCGUGAUCGACUAUGCACAGUUUCGUAUUUCCAAUAAGGAGACCCAGAAUACAGCUUUUGUGCUGAUUGAACGGCAGCUGGACCAGCCAGAAACCUAUUUACGCGCUGAAUGGUUUGACACCGCCGGAGAGAAGAUUUGGGCCCUGGGCCAGCACCGCCGCGUGCUUUGCACUCCCAGCAACAAGUCGCGGUUCGUGCUAUCCAAGCUGCACCUCAGUCCAAACCAGAAACUUACGGGAGUAGCUGUUGUUGAACCGGAAAAGAGAACAACGUACUCCGUGUACUUUUAUUCGGAGCACGAGAUGGAGAUCACAAGAGCACCUUACAAAUACAAAGCCACUCAGGAAUUGACCGGUAGCUGGACACCGAUGACCGGUGGAGGUAGCUGGGCCUAUCCGACGUAUAUCGACAACCCGCAAUGGGAGCUGACUGGUACUGGAAACGUGCAAAUCGGGCUCUUCUCCAAACACAACGUCAAUUUACUCGUUUUCAACAGUUCUGAGAGUUAUGUUCAAGACUUUGACGAGAAAAAACUUGUUCCCGGGCAGAAACUCGAGUAUAACGAGAACUCGUAUGUGGCCAGACUAGUCUUAAAACCAGAAGCUCGGUACAUCGUCGUGGCGUCUACAGAUUGUCCUGGGAAGGUUGGUCCUUUCAAGCUUCUAUUCAACAGCGAGAGUCCGGUAGCUGUCGCGCGCUUGUCCACCAGUUUGGGCCUUUUUACACAGAAACUGCAUUUCAACGACACCGUCUACAAGCAUAAGUUCAACAUCGCGAGAGAGUCGCGGCUGAGUGUGCGUCUUCGCACGCAGAGCAGGUUCACCAUCAGUAUCUCAUCUUCCGGCUUUCAGCAGGAAAUUUCCAACCAACCUUCCAAGUUUGGCAACCUGUUUCAAUUCGACCGCAUCCAGCCUGGAACAUACUCGCUCAGCGUCCGGCAGGGAUUCAAAGCGGCCUCGACCAUCGACAUUGGCUGCUCCAACAAGCUGGACUGA